AUGACAACAUUAUUUGAAAAUUCGAUCAAUCAAAAUACGAGAUGUUUUGCUUGUGGAUCACUUGUCUAUGCUGUUGAAAAGAAAAUGACAACACAUCAUAUUUAUCAUAAUCGAUGUUUUCGUUGUCGUAUUUGUAAACGAAAUUUGACAGGAUAUUCACUUAAUGAAGAAGGUGAUGAUAUUUAUUGUGGAAAUUGUUAUAGAAAAAAACAACGAGGUGAUUGUGAUAGUUUAGAAUUUCAUCGAGCAGCAGCUGAAAAAGCUCAAUAUGUUCAUAAUCGUCAUCAUGCAAAUCAACAAAAUCCAUCAAGUAAUCUACGACAAUCAAGUCUUCGUGAUGUAUCACGACAUCCAUCAUUAACAUUACGUCAACUUGAACGACGAUUUCUAUCUCAUAAACAACCAAACGGUACUAAUAAUAAGUCAACAAACGAAACUAAUGAAAAAUCUCUUACAAAUUCUCAUCCUUUAACAAUUAAUACCAAUUUUUCAACUCCAAUUAAUUUAACAUAUUUUCGACGUGAUUCAUCAUUAUCAAAAGAUGAACCAACUCCACAUUUUUCAUCUCUUUUUUCACCUAUGUCAAGUCGUCGUACAGAAACAACGAUUACACCUCGUAUAACACAAAAAACUAACGAUAUCGAUAUUAAUGAUGAACAACCUAAAUCAAUAACAUCACCAACGGGUAACACAACCUGUGGUAUUGAAUUUCGAUUAAAUAAAAGUAAUAUCGAUUUAACUAAUGUUACAUCAUCACGAAGUCGUCAAAAAAGUAUUAUUGUACCAGAUCUUAAUCAAAAUAACGAACAAAACGAUGGCAAAUUUCAUUUUCCAGAUUUUAAUAUUAAAGCAAUACAUCGUCGAAGUAGCAGCGCUCAUCAUCUAAUACAUCCAUCACGAGUUGAUUAA